AUAGACUUCAACUGACUUUACAAAUGAACAAAUUCUCCUUUCCUCUCACACAAGGGAUUAAAAGAUCAUACCAGAACUUCUCUACGCGACGUGACGAGACAGUCAAGAAUGGCAGACAAGCCCGAAGCCAAAGAUAAGAAAGGCGAAGAAGCGAUAGUCGGCCUCAGCUCAGAUAUAAAAACCUUACAGCAGCUUACUUCGUCAGCCGAAGCUGCAAAGCGGCAUCGAGAACGGUCAAAGGACGAGAGAGCACUCCGAAAACUAGAGGAAGCUUUGGGAGAGAUGUUUAAAGAAUCUGGCACAGCAGAAGGCCAAUAAUGUGUGUGGGACUGGAAAUUGAUAUGACGUUGUAAUUAGUCCUCAAUCCCAA